GUUUAAAUUGACAGCAUGCUGACACUUUAGAGUGAAAUAUUAACUUAAUGUUUAUACAUUUUAAUUGUCACUGAUUGAUAAAUAUAGCAAUUAAUAAAAUUAGUAGUGAUAUACAGAAAUUUACCAAAAUUAUGGAACCUGUCAUUAUUAUACACGGAGGAGCUGAUGAUGUUCCCGAUCAUAUGGCUUCUCCAAGAGUCGAAGGGGUUAAAAUAGCAUGUAAUGCUGGCUAUAAUGUAUUAAUUCAACAAAAUGCUACAGCUUUAGAUGCAAUAGAGGCAGCAAUUAAUUCGAUGGAAGCAAAUGAAGUUUUUAAUUCUGGCUUUGGUUCAGUUUUAAACGAAAUUGGAGACAUAGAAAUGGAUGCAGCUGUAAUUGUAGGGGAGAACUUAUCCACCGGUGGUGUGACCAUAGUACGAGAAAUUAUGCAUCCUAUCACUCUUGCUCGACAGGUAAUGGAGAAAACUCCUCAUGUGCUAUUGGCAGGUGAAGGAGCAGGUAAAUUUGCGGAUUCGAUAAAUAUGCCUCGGAUACCAACUAGUAAAUUACUAACAAGUUUUGCUAUAUCAGAUUUAGAACAAUUUAAAAAAUCUAAAGUAAGGGGCCGGUGUAAAUAUCCAGAAAGGUGUGACACUGUUGGAGCUGUAGCUAUCGAUAGAAAUGGACAUAUUGCAGCGGGAACGUCUACUGGUGGUUUAACGGGGAAAAUGGUCGGACGAAGUAGUGACUCAAGUAAAGUUGGAUGCGGGCUUUAUGCAGAUGACCGAUAUGGUGGAGUCUCUGUUACCGGACAUGGAGAAUCUAUAGUAAAAGUAUGUUUGUCGUUUAAUAUUAUAAAUAACAUUAAAAUGGGAAUGUCCCCCCAAGAAGCAGCUCAAACUUCUGUAAAUGAAGUAAUCGAAAAGUUUGAUAAACAAACAGGUGCUGUUGUGUUAUCAAAAACUGGAGAUAUGGGCGUAUUUUGCCGAAGUGAAAGAAUGCCAUGGGCAUAUCGAAAAAGCAACAAACUAUUAUUUGGAACUCAUUCGGAUGAUCGUAACGAACAAACUGUUUAGUACGAUGGUUUAUUAUCAUUUAAUUAUAUUCUUCGUCGUAAUUAUUUUCAGAAUCAAAUUGUAAUAAUACUAAUAAAAAAACCAAAAAAA